CUUCUCAGCCUGAAAUUUCAGUCAUUCUUUGAGAUUCCGUCGCACCGAGAAUCCACGGACAGGAGCAAAAUCUCUCCAAAGGUUCCUCAGAUUCCUCUCAUAGCUGUGCUGGACAGGGAUGUCAGAGGUGCUCUUUAUUUGAUCGCGCCGAAGGGACAGCAAGCGGUCAGUCCACUUUUGAUGAUAUCAGCAAGCAGUCAAUCCAGAAAGCAGCUCGUGCACUCCAAAGCUGGGCACAGAGUCAACACCAGCAGUUACUACUUCUUUCAACCUCGUACUUAGAAAAUCCUCGCACUAGAGGAGAGCACGAGGGCUUAUGUUGAGAUCCGGCUAGAUAAAUCGUUCGCGCCGAGGCAGUAUGUCCUCCCGCGGAGAUGAUCGUGGAUACAAGGUGGUCUACAAAAGCAGGGUGAAAGACUCCGAUCGCGUAGUCGACAAUCGCAGGCCGACGCGCGAUUAUGACGAGCCCGACUACCAUUUCGACGAGCGGCCCGUGCGUCGCGAGCACCGAGACGAACGGCUAGACAUCGAAAGGGACAACAACAACCGUGGUGACCUCGAAGCUGGCAGGACCAGGACUACCUACAAGGUUGGUCGGGACAAGAAGAAGUCCGAAGCGUACCUCAAACGUGGCGACGCUGUGGUCGUCGAACGCCCCAGGGACUAUGGACGCGCAGAGUACGAAGUCAUUCGCCCUGAGAGGAAUGCUGAUGGCGCAUAUGUGGUGGACCUCGGUGGUGGUGGUGGCCGGCUCCCUCCUCGAGACUACGACGCCCGCAGUGGUGCCAAGUUCUACGAUAUCGACUAUCGCUCACGACGGGACGAAGAUGUUGUUGCCAUGUACGACUCUUCUCGCGGUCACGGUCGAGACCGAGCCGUUAGCAAUGCGAAUGCAACCUACAAAGAUGUCCAAGUCAUCGAAGACUAUGAUGACGACGACCCUCGCUACCGACGUGGGCGGCCACCAGAAGCCUACGAUGAUACUACUACUGCCUCUUCCAAACGCCUCCGGAGCGCCAUGAGAGGCCGCAACGAUUCCCCUCCUGAAUAUUGGGAACGCAAGCGGUCACGAAGUCGAGUCGGGUUCUACCGAGACCAGGUCAGCCACCAUGACGCCAGCGAGAGUCGACAUGAGAGACCCGGCGCCGAAGCACAUAUCGCUGGCAAGUACCUCGUUGGUCACGGGGCCCAGUCUGCGCAAGGUUACGAUGACGAUGAUGAUGACUACUACUACAAAAGUCGUCACGGGAGAAGAUAUGCCCCUCAGCGUAUGAGUGAUCCACGCAUCACUGGCCACGAAGAAUAUGAUGAUGAGAAACGCACUUUUACAGAGGAUGUCAUGAGGUCUUAUGAACGCGAAGAUGACAUGCCACCGAAACCAGCAUAUCCGCCGCAAAGAGGUCAAUCUAGCAGGCGAAAUCACCGGCAUUACGAUGAUGAUCGGUCGAGUUACUCGGAAUACGAAGUGAGGAAACGUACCGAUGAAUAUUAUUGAUGUUUUAACGACGUCACGAAUUUAUGAUCAAGAAUCUGAGGGGUCAAUCAUAAAAGGAACACGGCAAUAUCCAUCUAUCUGCCUGAGCAACAAUUUCUCCUCGUUUCCAAUACAUGCCUGCUUUCCAAUCCCGCAAAGGCCGUCCAUUCGUGUCUGCCACUUAUGACGUGUUGUCAACGUCCAUGUGAGAUCUCCCGACUCUCUGUACUCCCAGACUUAACGCGUCUAGUCUCAUUGUACCCGCAAAUGUCAUUCGUGUUCAAACUUUCAACUCCUUGGCCCCGACGGCAACUUCAACCACGCCAUUCUUCUCCUCAUAUGAGUCCUGCUCGGAAUCUGCACUGACAAUUUCGAUGUCGCCUGUCUGCGGCUUGGAUGGUGGAUAUACCGCCUCAUCCUAUAAACAAAAGUCAGUGUGUUUCCCGACGAGGAAGAUGUGAACCUGAAGAUCGUGCGCGAUGGCACGGUUUUGGGAAGAGAACAACUUACGAUCUUUGCAGCUCCUACAUCCGACACGUAUCGACAGAUGAGAUAGUACGUCAAGCCAGAGACGACAAAGCCGUAUAGGCAUGAAAAUGUAUAAAUCUUCCAGAUUCCUCCGACGUCGAGGCUGUUGUUGAUACUUUUGCUGAACCCGGGCAGCAACGGACCGACCGCGAUGAAGAAUGAGGCAUAGGCUCUCCAAUUGACACCAAUCUUCGAGUAUCGGUAGAUGCCAUGGCCGUGAUAAAGCUCGUGGAUGUUGAGCUUCUUGUUCAGGAUCAGGUAGUAUUGUGAGCACAUGGUUCUGAGAUCAAACGGUCAGUAUGUGAUUUGAAAUGUUGCUGAGAAGGUACAUAGGUGCACACUUACCCGCAGAUAGCGCCCAUGAACAUCGAAUAUCCUGAGAGGAAUGCUAGAAGGCCGCUUGCAUUCUUGAUGAUCUGCCAUGGAUUUGAGACGACGCAGAACACGGAAAUCAUCAAGGUCGCGCGGAAGAUGUUGAUAUACUUCGGACAGAGGCCACUUAUAUCGUUGGAGAAUGGAUAUGAACCUAUUAAGCGGUCAGUAUGUGGGUUCAACUGUCGCCAAGGUAUAUCGAAUGUACACUUACCCGCAGCUAUUUGAUUGCCAAUCGUUGCAAGGAUGAAGCUGAAUGCCGUGAAGAAUUUGGCGGCACGGGAAUCGAACUUGGCGAUGACGGCGGGCAUAUACCACUCGAAAGAGCCCCAGAGGUAGCUGUGCGCUGAAGUCACGAAGAUCGGGCAAAGAGCGCCCAGACUGGAAGACCGCCGUCAGUCACGAUGUUGUGGAAAGACUCAUGCCUCAAGCAUGGUACCUCGAGGUUGCGGGAGAGACCACUUACGUUCCAAUGAUUGGCAAAGCCAGAACCUGAUUGUACCCGGCCAGAUUGUUCUUCGAGAAGCGUGCGAAAUCGGGAAAGUUCACAGCCAUGGAGCUGAAAAGGCCAAUGAUACUGUUCAAGGCCGUCAAUGCUGCAGCAUGUCAGCUGACCGAGUCAGAAGCGGAAUGACAAUUUGGAGGAAGUACCGCUGUACGCCGUGUUCAUGUACGAGCUGGUCAUCUUCGCAUGUCCUGUAACGCUGUUCUGCGUCAGUAUCGAAGGAUGGCCAAUGAAACAGCAACUAGGAGAGAUGCUUCCGGGAGACUUACAGUGGGCCACCACCAUGCGUGACAAUGGCUCCCCAAAGAAAGAGUGCAAGGAAUGCUGCAGACUGUCAGAAAGCUGUACCCAUGCAGACAGGAACAAAGCAUGAGGCGCGUGCUUCAGAUGGCACAGGGAUAAGGCUCACUUGGGGGAACGAUUAUUCCCUUGAUGAGGAAGAGGAUCCGAAGCUUCUUGAUCGGCAUACAGCUAUCGUGUCGUCAGCUCUGGAAAGCGAGAUUGGGAAGCACGGGGACGCCAGAAGCAAGACUUUGGAAAGGUUUCUGGAAGACUUACUCAGCAUCUCGAAGACAUCGAGUGUGAAGUCAGGGGUACUCACGAAGCAAAGGAGCCCGGCUGACGUGAUUCCAGCACUCUCCGGAAGAUGGUUAGGGAAAUUCGCAAAGCUAGGCCAGAUUGCAGUGAUGCAGUUGUUCAGGAAAUCGCCAGCUUGGACCUGCGCACGCGAGAUGUUAAGAUCAUUACCUUCGGUGUGUUGAAGGAUCACCUACGCAGAGAAUAGCUGUCCACAUUGCUGCCACGAACGAUCGAAGAACAAUGACAGGAUAACUCCCGUACAUGCCGAACAUCGAGCGGACCAGCACUGGAAAUGCGAUGUUGUACCGCGCCCCCAUCUUGCCGGUAAGUGUAAGUGCGCCUGAGCAAAGCAGAAAGCCACAAAAGACAAUCGGAAUCGUCUCUCGAGCAGUGAAUCCCAAGGACAUAACCGCGCUGACCGUGGACGAGAGUGGCUUUUUGUGUGGUCAGCAUCGAGCAGAGAUGUUGGGGAUUAACAGGACCUUCAAGAGAUCGAGCGACACUCUUAGCAGCGUCAGAAGAACUUACAGGAGCCAGCUGCAUUCAUGCCAGAGUUGAUAUCAGCACAGGGUUUUCUAGAAGAAGGUCCAAGACAAUUGGUCGAGCGUACCAUGUCCGAUGUCCUGCAGAGUGUCAGCAAGCUGCAUCAAGGGAGACAGGAACCAAGCACGCUGUUCCAAAGCAGGAUACACUCACCAAUAUGCCCAAUAAUCCUACCAAACCCAGGGUCAGUCAUUCUGCAAUGCAGCAGGUGGACUUUUGGGUGUCAAACUUACCACUGCGCCCCAAGUUCUAUCUUCAGGCUUCACUGGAUCAAGGUCGGGAUUGCUCCAGCGAGGAUCCUUCGAUACUUGUCAGUGACUUAGAAACCUAGGAGGACAUGGACCGAGUGAACGUCAAACAGACGUCGAAGCUAACCUUGUACACACCCUUCUCCAUUGGAACUUUCCAGUGGAGUUGAGGUUCGAUCUUGGCCUUGAUAUGCCUGGGAGAAAGGCGCUUCGGGGAGAAGCGCUCGGCUGUGAAGGUCACCAUUCUGGGCUUGAUAUCGAUAAUGUGAAGACUAGAGAGUCGAAGAAGGAGGAAGUCGAACAGUUUGGACCCGAACGAAAUAUGAGGGUAGAUUGAGCUCUAUAUAGACAAGAUUUUCAGCUCAUGAUCGAGCACUCCGCAUCUUUCAAGGCUGAUAUCUCGCUUGAUAAAAGAUGACAUGCAGAGAUAUUUCAGAUAGACAAGGGUGCCACGAGGAGGCAUGCAGAUAGGCACGCCGGCGAGAUGGUCGAUGGCCGUCGAUUGCUUUCAAAGUCAAAAGUCCAGACCAAGAGGAUCAGCAUCUGGGGUUAUUGCAGGGAUCAUGGAGCGCAAGAAGGCGUGGAUAUCUCGAGAUAUACUUGCAGAUCUGGAGAUAGUGCCGAAGGCAACGCAGCCCGCCGACGGCGACGCC